UUCCUUCCCACACAUGGAAAGUCAGUUAUGCGGAGAUAAUAAAAAGACUCCAAACCCCAGCGAGGGCCGCUGCUCUUUUUCUCGUCAAGCAGGGGGAGUAGUCACAGCUGGAAGGAUAAUAAGAUGCGCAUGAAUUUACAAUCUGGAAUUAAAGAUAAGAGAAAUUAAAUGGACUGCUCGGUUUGUAUCGGCGCGCGCGUAUCUUAAAGUAGUCUCGCGCUUGUGGUCAUAUAAAAGAACCGGCGCCGUGUUUUUGUGUCAAACCUGUAGAAUAAUAAAGUUCCGAGUGUGCUUUCCUCAGUUGAUGGAGUUACAAAGUUUCUUCAGUCCACUCACAAUGGAAAGAAAAGCGCCCUUCGCUGACUGUGAAGGCUUCCUGUGGUCAGAGUGGAUUACUGACUUCAGUUUGGAGAAGGAACACCACUCCAGGAUAUGAAGUUUGUUGCAGUGAUUUCACUGCAGAAGCCUGCAGAUCUUUCUCCAUCACCUGCCCUUCUUGUGAAUGACUAUGUGGUGUGUGAUCUCAGGUGGGCGGAAAGGUUAUUACCAUCCUAAUUUGUGAGAAAGAGCGAUACUGAUCAGAACAUACAAAGCUGACUCACUACAACUGCGGAGAAGUAAAAUUUCUCCUGCAGAGUUUUCCCUCUCCUUUUUUAUAUCAGUCUUCUUUGAACAAUUCGCAAUUCAACAUUUCACGUUGCCAUUGGAAGAACCCCAAUGUCUGCCUCCUCUCCCCCGUCCUUACCUCGAGCCUUCCUCCACUCUCUCCAUCCACACCACCCGUCCUUGCCGACCAUCCCAUCCCCAUCGCCGAGUCCUCCCGGGCCGGUCUACACACGGCUGUCCAACGGCAGUCACAGCGCCCCAAGUCCCACCAACUCCCGUGGUUCCUUCCAUGGGGUGUCCUUCCUGCUGCAGAUCGGACUGACCAGAGAAACAGUCAACCUGGAGGCCAGUGACCUCUCGCUGUCUGCUGUAAAGGACCUGGUGUGCUCCAUAGUGGACCAGAAGUUUCCAGAAUGUGGCUUCUUUGGCAUGUACGAUAAGAUCCUGCUGUUCCGCCACGAUUUAAGUGAUGAGAACAUCCUGCAGAGACUGACAUCAGCAGAGGACAUCCAUGAAGGAGACCUCAUUGAGGUGGUGCUUUCUGCUCAAGCCACAGUUGAAGACUUCCAGAUCCGACCCCAUGCCCUUUAUGUCCACUCCUACAAGGCCCCUACAUUCUGUGACUACUGCGGGGAGAUGCUGUGGGGUCUCGUCCGGCAGGGGCUCAAAUGUGAAGGAUGUGGGUUAAACUACCACAAGCGCUGUGCCUUUAAGAUCCCAAAUAACUGUACCGGUGUCAGAAAGAGGCGAUUGUCCAAUGUCUCACUGCCUGGACCAUCCCUCUCUGUCCCGCGGCCGGUACCUACUGAGAAUGCCGUCGUCAUCAUGGAUGAGCAGCAGAGGUCCCAUCAGGAGGCAGGGAAACGGAUCCUAUCCUGGAGCGGCAGGCCUAUCUGGAUGGAGAAGAUGGUCCUGGGACGGGUUAAAGUGCCACAUACUUUUGCAAUUCACACCUACACCCGCCCAACUAUCUGUCAGUACUGCAAGCGUCUUCUCAAGGGUCUUUUUCGCCAGGGAAUGCAGUGUAAAGAUUGCAGAUUCAACUGCCAUAAGCGGUGUGCUUCAAAGGUACCAAGAGACUGUUUGGGGGAGGUGGACUUCAAUGGAGAGCCAGCCAGCCCUGGGCCAGACUCAGACACAACUAUGGACACGAUGGAGGUGGACAGCAGUGACAUGGACGGCAGCAGAGGGCUGGACGACCCAGAGGAGCCCUCCACCCCGGAUGAGAGGAUGUUUGACAUGGAUUCUCCAUUUUUAGACAGAGAGAAGGAUGAAGAGCCUAUCAAGACAAUUAGCCCUUCCACUAGUACCAACAUCCCUCUGAUGCGGGUGGUCCAGUCCAUCAAACACACCAAAAGGCGGAGCUCCACUGUGGUGAAGGAGGGUUGGAUGGUUCAUUAUACGAGCAGGGACAACCUGAGGAAGAGACAUUACUGGAGGCUGGACAGCAAGAGUCUGAGUCUGUUUCAGAACGACACCGGAGCCAAGUUCUAUAAAGAAAUCCCUCUGUCUGAGAUCCUUCAGGUUGAACAGCCCAGAGACUACCGUAAUCUGGCACAGGGCAGCAACCCGCACUGCUUUGAGAUCAUCACUGCCACCAUGGUCUACUAUGUAGGGGAGAAUAACAGCAGCCACUACCACAGCCCCGCUCUGGCUGCCUCGGGAGUUGGAAUGGAGGUGGCCCAAGGCUGGGAGAAGGCCAUCAGACAGGCCCUCAUGCCCGUCACCCCCCAACCCAGUGUGGCUAGUGCUGUUGGCCAAGGCAAAGAUCACAAAGAGCUGUCCAUCAGCAUAUCUGUGUCCAACUGCCAGAUCCAGGAGAAUGUGGAUAUUGCGUCAGUCUACCAAAUAUUUUCUGAUGAGGUGCUGGGAUCAGGCCAGUUUGGCAUUGUCUACGGAGGUAAACAUAGGAAGAGUGGCAGAGAUGUGGCCAUCAAGGUUAUUGACAAGAUGAGAUUUCCUACCAAGCAGGAGAGUCAGCUACGGAAUGAGGUGGCCAUACUACAGAAUCUGCAUCAUCCAGGUAUCGUCAACUUGGAGUGUAUGUUUGAGACGCCAGAGCGGGUCUUUGUUGUCAUGGAGAAGCUGCAUGGCGACAUGCUGGAGAUGAUCCUGUCCAGUGAGAAGAGCAAACUACCUGAACGAAUCACCAAAUUCCUAGUCACACAGAUCCUGGUUGCCUUGAGACAUCUGCACUUCAAAAACAUUGUUCACUGUGACUUGAAGCCUGAGAACGUACUACUGGCCUCCGCCGAGCCCUUCCCUCAGGUAAAGCUGUGUGAUUUUGGAUUUGCCCGUAUAAUUGGUGAGAAGUCAUUCCGCCGGUCGGUAGUGGGAACUCCAGCGUACCUGGCUCCAGAGGUGCUGCGCAGUAAAGGCUACAACCGCUCCUUAGACAUGUGGUCAGUGGGGGUCAUUGUGUACGUCAGUUUGAGCGGGACAUUCCCUUUUAACGAGGACGAGGACAUUAAUGACCAGAUCCAGAAUGCUGCCUUCAUGUACCCCCCGACACCUUGGAAGGACAUUUCUACUGAGGCCACAGAUCUGAUCAACAAUCUUCUUCAAGUCAAGAUGAGAAAGAGGUACAGUGUGGACAAGUGUCUCAGCCAUCCCUGGUUACAGGAUUAUCAGACAUGGCUGGACCUCAGGGAGUUUGAGACGCGACGAGGCGAACGCUACAUCACCCACGAGAGUGAUGACGCCCGCUGGGAGGAGUACGCUGAUGAGCACAGUCUGGUUUACCCCAAACACUUCAUCAUGGCACCCAACCUGGAUGACAUGGAGGAGGACCCCUAGUGGUGCAGAGCACAUACUACAUCACAUACGAUGUCAUAGGGACUUUUUGCGUGGAGCUUUGGGAGCGGUGGAUUUUCCCUCCAGAACUGUUUGUUGUGGAAACAGAGAGAAGCAGAUUAGUAGGAGAAUUACCCUCCAGAGACUUAAAAAGUUGGAAAAACCCAACAGAACCCGUGGAAAUGUUGCCCUGCUUUAAACUGCAGGCGGGUGGGGAUGCUGCAGUAACUCAUGAAGACUCAGUCAGGAGAGAGGAGUGCAUUCCCUUCUUUUGCACGAUAUCAAAACAUUCCAUGGAUUUUGCUCAAGUUUGGUUCAUGAAGGACAAUCACAAGUUAAAUUACAUGAGGUGAACUUAAUAGCUUAGUUAUUGUACACACAGUUUUGAUUACAAUUGAAUAAUAAUAUGGCUCUGUUCUUUAUAAGAGAGAGGAGAUCAGAUAAGAUGAGAACUUUCCCCCCAGGAGUAAAGGGCACUUUUCACAAGGGAUUCACAGUCUGUCCGUCGGGGAUCAAACACACAAGUUUCAUUCUCAUUUCUAAACUGUUUGUGAGACUGUCCUUUUGGCGUGAAACUGGAACCGUCACAUGUAUUUGUAUGUUUUUAGUAUUUGUGGUAGAUUUUUUUGCACUAUAUUAUCAAUGAACAUAGCAUUUGAAUAGAAACAAUUCGCUGCUACAACAUCCAGUUUAGGCUCUGCAGUGUUUAAGAGUGACACUCAGCAGAAAGACGACACAACUUACACAAAAUUGGCUGCUUUGAGUCCUACUUUAUUAAAAAAAAACAACAAAAAAACAGCAGGUACAUGUCUCUAUUCUUUAGAGUAUGAGCUGCUGGUCGAAGCUAAUAAUGUGCAAGUUUUAUCAGCUUUAUUCAGAAAUACAGUCCAACAAACAUGAACAGAUAUGCUAACUUAAAACUAUUCAUUUGUAUCUUUGUAAACUGUUUUUAAAUUAAUAUUGUGAUUUUGUUUUUUUUUUUUUUUUUUUUUUUUUUUUGUGUGCUACAAAACAGUAACUCUGAAGCGAUGAUAAGUUGGUUGGUAUGCAAUAAUGGAGCCAAUUUUUGACUGUUAAACCUGAGGCUAAAACCAGCAAUGUGCAGCAUGGACUCUAUUUUAGAGCAUCAUGCCUCUCUCUACACAUUUCCAUACCUUUGUAGUAGUUUUUUAAUGUGACUCCAGUUCUGGAAUCUGUGUUCUGAUGCUUUGUAGGUAUCUGAGGCGACCAAUUUUGUUUCACUUGGAACAAAAUAUAUGUGUCGGUUUCCUCUGGAAGAUGCUUGUGUGUAUUAAGUUGUCUGGACCAUUUCAACAACCCUUUGGAUAAAAAAGGUAUAAUUACAAUUUGGUUCACAUGGGAGUUUUUAGUACAGCUAUUGGUGUGUUUUGGGAGUACGUUCCUGCUUCCUGUUGUCUUCAUUCUGUCUUUGUUGCCGCUGGAUUGGCAGGUGUCAGUGUUUUGUAUAUUUCAGUACAUACCAAUGGAAUAAAAACCCAACUUCAUAACUAA